AUGGCGAGCGAAAUCAAUUUGACCGUCGGAUCUUUGGUGAGUUUCACAUCGACCAUAGCCAGAGAGUUCUACGAAGGAAGGGUUUACUUUUACGAUCCAAAGGAUGCAAGUUUCGGGAUCGAUAAUGUAUCGCGUACCAAUGUGAGUGGAGGUUAUCGUCGAGUUGAAGGGUGUUACCAGUUUUCUCUGAAAGACAUCAAGGACUUGAGGGUGAUUCGUGAGCCAAAGUUAAUCGUCGGACCUUUGGUGAGCUUCACAUCGAUGACGGCCGGAGAGUUCUACCAAGGAACGGUCUACUUUUACAACUCAAAGGAUGCAAGUUUCGGGAUCGAUGAUGGUAACUUGCUCUACACGUUUCUUUUGAUUGAGAUAUUAGGGUUUAUAAUUGGUACUGUUUCCUGA